AUGUUCUCUAAAACAUAUCUUUAUAAUUUCAGCGUUAAUCUCAUUCACCUCGACAGAAAAAGGAAGAUGUCUCUCGGCUUCGUUGUUCCAUUAUUUCUUUCCCUUGCUGCUCUUGUUUUCGUCAAUGGGAAACUCCAAACAGGGUACACAAGCAUUGAUUGCGGCUCACCUCAGAAUUUCAACUAUAUAGACUAUGAUACUGGCAUAAGUUAUGCAUCAGAUGCAGCUGACAUGGACACGGGGAUCAACAAGAACAUUUCUUCUGAGUAUGCGUACCCUAACAAUCCAAACCUAGCUCUGCCACUUUCAGAUCUUAGAAGUUUUCCAUAUGGGAACAAGAAUUGUUAUACCUUGGCAUUUACAGGUGGCCGAAAGGGCAGUUUAUAUUUGAUUAGAGCCUCGUUCUUGUAUGGAAACUCUGAUGGUGAAGAUAGUCCAGAAUUUGAUCUUUAUCUUGAUGUUAAUCUCCGGUCAGUUGUUAAAUUCAGGAAUGCUUCUGACGUAGUAACGACAGAGAUCAUCACUGCUGCAGUAUCAGAUACUGUUAGUGUUUGCCUUGUGAAUAAAGGUCUAGGAAUUCCUUUUAUAUCAGCAUUGGAGCUUAGGCCACUAAAUAGUUCCGUUUAUAGUACAGAAUUUGGGAGCAAUGGUUCAUUAGUACUCUUCAAAAGAUUGGACAUUGGUUAUGUAAAUGGAACUGGUCGAUAAAGUAGUGAUGAUAUCCAUGAUCGCAUUUGGUCUCCAUACAACUCUCCUUCUUGGGACUUGGUUAGCACUUCUUCGGCAAUUAACAGUAAUGAAAAUGGAUACAAAGCUCCAUACCAAGUCAUUCGCACAGCUGCAAUGCCUCAUAAUGCUAGUGAUCCAUUGGAAUUAUCGUGGACAUCUGAUGGAGACACUUGUAAAUUUUAUGUUUACAUGUACUUUGCUGAAGUGCAGCAGCUUGAGAAAAACCGAACAAAAUUCAAUAUAUCCUGGAAUGGGUCUCUAAUCUUCGGACCUUUAGUUCCUCGUUACCUGUAUGCAGCCACAAUAUCUAACUCAGAAGCCUUUAUAGGGAAAGAACAUCAGAUUUCUAUUUAUAGAACACGAGAUGCAACCCUUCCACCUAUUCUGAAUGCCAUUGAGAUUUACAUGGCCAAACAACAGGAGGAAUUGCCAACAUUUUCUGAAGAUGCUGAUGCUGUCCUUGAUAUCAAAAGAACAUAUCAAGUAAAUAAAAGCUGGGUGGGGGAUCCAUGUGGACCAAAGAAUUAUAGCUGGGAGGGUCUGGAAUGCAACUACAGUGUUUCACUUCCUCCUCGGAUCAUUUCUCUUAACUUGACUUCAAGGGGACUAAGUGGCAUGAUAUCUGCUUCAUUUGGUAACCUAUCAUCAAUUGAGUCCCUGGAUUUGUCAAACAAUCACUUAACUGGACCAGUUCCUGAGUUUCUUAAAGAACUUAAAUCUCUGAAUUUCCUGAAUCUAGAAGGCAACCGGCUCUCAGGUUAUGUUCCUACAGAGCUUGUAGAGAGAGCAAGGGCUGGACUUCUUACCCUGAGAGUGGAUGAACAGAACCUUUGUGCCUCAGGUUCAUCCAGAAACAAGAAGAAAAUUGUUGUUCCAGUUGUUGCAUCAGUGUUAUCAGCUCUGGUGCUGUCAGUUGCUUUGAUUAUGUUGUAUAGACUACGAAGAAAAAGAAAAUCUGAGGCUGAUUCAUCCAAUGGUGAAGGAUGACCAUUGCCAUCGAAGAAGUGGCAGUUUACCUAUCCCGAGCUUUUAAACGUUACUAGAAACUUUCAAGAUGUCAUUGGGAAGGGAGUAAUUGGGACUGUGUAUCGUGGAGACAUGAAAGAUGGCACUCAAGUUGCUGUAAAGAUGCUUUCUCCCUCAUCAACCCAAGGGUCAAAAGAGUUCAAAACUGAGGCUGAGCUUUUGAUGAGAGUCCAUCAUGGGAAUCUGGUUUCCUUCAUUGGAUAUUGUGAUGAUGGAAGCAAUAUGGCACUCAUCUAUGAGUAUAUGGCUAACGAAAACUUGAAGGAUUACCUCUCAUAUAAAAGUUCAAAUUCAUUGAGUUGGGAAAUGAGACUCCGGAUAGCAAUAGAUGCAGCACAAGGUCUGGAGUACUUACAUCAUGGAUGCAAACCACCCAUAAUUCACAGAGAUGUGAAGACAGCCAACAUUCUCUUAAGUGAAAACAUGGACGCUAAAAUUGCAGAUUUUGGUCUCUCCAGGGAUUUUCCCAGUGAUGGCCAGAGUCAUGUAGAAACUACAGUUAUGGGUACCACAGGAUAUCUAGAUUCAGAGUACUACAAUUCUGAGAGGUUAAAUGAGAAAAGUGAUGUUUAUAGUUUUGGGGUGGUCCUGUUGGAGCUGAUCACUGGACAGCAUGCAAUCAUAAGGAAAGACGAAUCAAUCCAUAUAGUUCAAUGGGUGAGUCCUCUGAUCGAAAGAGGGGAUAUAGGAAGUAUUGUUGACCAAAGGCUGCAUGGAGAGUUUGAUGUGAAUUCUGUCUGGAAAGCUUUGGAAGUGGCAAUGGCAAGCACUACACCUUGCCACUACACCAAGUUCAGUUCCAUGCAUAGAGCUACAAUGAGCUCUGUGUUAACAGAGCUAAAACAGUGCUUGGACAUGGAGUUGUCUCACAAGAGGGAAAGAACGCCAGGGUUCAGUGAGGAGAUUUACAUAGGAUCAUACAAUUCACCUGAAAUGUCUUCCAUUAGCACUGCCACGGAACCCAUUACUAUGCCAUUUGCAAGGUAGCAUUCGAUAUUUCUACAACUUUUUUUGUAGCUGAAGAAGUUUGUUUCAAGCAAACUAACAAUGAACAGCAUGAUUUGCACCAGAGAUCAAACUGGAAAUUUCUUUCGAAUAACUAAUUAUCCAGUUUAAAAAAGGCUAAUUUCCGCCAAUUUGACUUGACAAAGUUUAUAAAAAGACUUACCCAAAGGGACACCCCCAUUUCAAAUUGGAGGACAACAUAUAAUUAGCGAAAAAG